AUGAAGAUAUCUCCGAACAAAGUGGAGAUUGUGAAGGAGUGUGAGAUUCUGGAAAUGAAAUCAGAAGAACACGGAGAGAUUAGUGACCCUACUGAAUUGGGAGAAGCUGCUACUAUCGAAGGAAGUGACAGUCGAAGGAAUCGACAUGGAGCGAGAAAGGCAACACAAUUAGAUAUUUUCUUCUAUAAUUUGACUGAACAAAAUAACGCUAAAUUAGAAUUGAUUUCAUUUAUCAGGUCAGCAAGUUUGCAACGCGAAUUACAAGAAGCUAUGGAACAAUACACGAAUGAUAAACAGUUUAAAGGAAAAGAAGAAGCAACCGUAGAAUUGCAAAGCCUGCAUGAAGGACUAAUGGAAAAAGCUAUUACUUCUGAUGGGCAGUCGCAAACUGAUGAUUUACAAGAAUAUAUACGAAGUCUGGAAAUGGAAUGUGAAAGAUUGCGUGAGAUCGAGAAAGUCAUUUCUGAAAAGGAUGUGUUACUGAAAGAAAGGCAAGAAUUGCAGAACAUUCUUGAAAUGGAGUUGCAGACUACAAAAGCUGAGGCUUUAGCUGAAAAAGAGAAAAAGAUAGCGGAAGAAGCGGCUUGGAAAGAAAUGGAGCAAGGAUUUUGCACUGAAAUUGAAGCAUUAAAGAUACGCGUACUCGAGUUGCAGUGCGCCAAAGAAGAAGAACAAACUUCAGUAGCUCAAAAUUUGGAAGUGGUUAAAAAAAUGCUGAGAGAAGAUGUGAAUGGAUAUGAAGUCGGGAUGAGAUUUAGUAAAGAAAUGGAGCUAUUACGUAUGUAUUCAAUAAUGGAAGAAUUAACAUAUCAAGUGCGGUCGGAGCAAAAGCGCGCUGAAGAAGCCGAAAAACGCUUGGACGAUAUCCUUAGCAUGGGUAAUGCUAAUGUCUGUACCCACGAUAACGCUCAGGUGCAAGUAGCUGGAUUACCAUCUACUCCUCUGAAUUGUUUUAAAGUGAAAGAUGAUGAAGAAUCCAGCCUUUGCUCUUGGCCAUCUCUGCCAGAAUUCAAAAGAUCCUUCAAUCACGAUUCUGACGAAGAAAGUUCAUCACCAGUUUCAGAUGCCUUUAAUGCGAGAUUAAUUAAUCGUUUUAGUGUCUUGCGAAUGAAACUUGCCAAGACCACUGAUCUUUUAAAUAAAUACGAAGAAGAGAAUAGCUUAUUGCGAAAAGAAGUAAUUGAAAAAAGUGAAGAGAUUGCGCAUUUGAUGCAUACUCUAUGCGAUACUAAUCAUAGUCCACAAGUGUCAAAUUCAUCAGCUGAAAACGUUAGAGGGGCGGACAAGUAUUGGAAUUCUCAGUGUUAUUAUUAA